AUGUCUCGUCCUCAAGGGGCCGUGGGCUUCUCCGCAUUCUUCCCAGCUGCCACCAAAGCCGCCCGCGAGAAGGCAAAAGAAAGAGAAAAGGUCAAAUCUCGCAAUUUGGAUUCGCCAAGUCUCCGCACUGCGAAUACGCAAGCUGUGACCGCGAAUUCACAACUUCGUGGGGAUGAUGCUACGGCCAUUCCUGCGUCCGCGGGGGGUAGCAAGACUCCCACAAUCUCCAACACAGAUACGUCUGUCUUCACAGCAGAUGACAACGACAGUGUGCAAGGAGAUUUGCUCAAUGGGGUGGGCUCAGCAAGUUCACACGCGAGUACAGUAUCAUCUGUUUUUAGCGCGGCCGCGCUACACUCGAACAAGCCUACGACUGAGGCUUCGCAGAAUAUGAACACUCUCACACCUGUGACCAAUAUCGAUUCUUCCCCAAAUCGAAUCACAAGCCCGCAACAACAGAAGAUCAGUGACCACUUAAGUGGGCUCACUGCCGAUACAUCGAUUGUCCCGCAUGACGUCCCACAAGCGCAUUCUGCCCUGGCGGAGCAUGAACUCCCAACACCGAGAACAUUCGCUCGAGACCCGAAUAAAACUGUGCAAGGCUACAAGCGUACAUAUGAUCAGCAUACCUUUGCUAUCAAAGGCAUAAAAAAAUAUGGAAAAGAAAAGGAGUUUGGCUUGGAAGAAGAUGACGCUCCCCCAGAUCCGCGACUAGCCAAAGGUGGCAGAUUGGGAUAUAUCAAUACCAAUUUCCACUUGGCACGAUCUCAAUUUCUCCAAGCGCCAGAAAUCCUACCUCGUUACAAAUACGACCCAAAGACGUCUUUAAUUUGUCCUCCAACACAAGUGGUUGUCAUGGGAUUCGAUCCUCUUCACAAUUUCUCACAUGUCACUGCCUACUUUUCAGCUUUUGGUGAUAUCGCGGAGAGCAGCAACAAGCUUCAUCCCGAGAAUGGCAGCUGCCUGGGAUUUGGCACGUUCCGUUACAAAGAUAAAUAUGAGAAAGGUGUGGUAAGCAUCUCUGCUAUACAAGCUGCAAGAGUUGCGGUCAAUAAGGCACAUGGCGCACGCAUUGGUAGCAAUAAUGUAAAGGUAGGAUUUGAUCCGGAUGGCAGAAAGAGCCGGCGCAUGCUCGAAGAUGUUCUUGUUAGACACAGUAAACCACCGCCUCCACCUGCACCAGUCGCUGCUCCUGCGCCAACCUUGCCGAAACCCGCUGAAGGCGCCAAAACCUCAGGACCACCACCGACCGCUCCAAAAGGCCCUGCGGCGUAUGCCAAUCGAGUCCCUCGAGCGUUUGUUCCUGCGGUCGUACCGACGAAGCCUAGGGCCCAGCAGAUGAUGGAAAAUGAUGAGCCACUUUCCCUGAAACUUGAACACGAACCGUACCUUUUUGUUUCGAAAGAAUCAGUGCCGAUCUUGGCAGCUACCGUACCGCAUCUGCGAAAGAAGUUGCGAAAAUUUGGGGAAUUCGAUGUACAAAUCGAUCGAUACGGGUACUAUGUUAUCUUUCCGGCAAACUCGUAUGGCAGGGCGGAUGCCGAGCGAUGCUAUAGGAUGAACAACGGAACCCAGUUUUUUAACUAUGAGUUGAUGAUGAAGAUCUACCCAUAUGGCACGAACGGAUCUCGACCCAACGCAGGGCGAGCUCAUGAACCAGUUCGCAGACGUAGUCGAAGUCCACCCCGACGCGAGAUCGAAUUACGCGAGAAGCAAGAUGCAAUCGAUCGCAAGAUUGAGGACGCAGCCGACCUAGAGGAAGAGAUCAAAGAGCGCGCAAGGAACUUCGAUCCUUCUAAAGAGGCUGUUGAGGUUAUACGGCGGCAGAUGAAAGAGCAAUUGCUUCAGUAUAUUCGCAAGGAACUUGCCGAUCCUACUCUCCAUACCUUUAUGGAUCCAGCAAACCACACUUCGAGGCGUCGCAAGUACAAUAUUCCUGAUCCGGAAGGCUUUAAGCCUGCUUUUAUCGACACAGAUGACGAUACGGAUGGAAGUCCUAUUGGAACUCCUAAUUCUCGAAGUGGUAUCAUGGAACGUGGAGGUGGUGUAUCGAAGGUUAUGAAUCUUAAUGCACUUGGUCGGAUUAAGUUGAACAAAAAGAACAAGAACCUUAAUGUUGGUUUCAAAGAUCCUUUCGCCAGGAAACGUGCAGAAAGUAGGAAGCCGGUGGUCAGACCUCUUGCGCAUCGAUGGAUCGAAGAAGACGAUUCCGACGAAGAGCCAGAAGACCGCUCUCGUGCAAUUUUUACCGAAGAACCUGAAUCAAGAUCUCGCAGCCGGAUGAGUUCAGAUGACGAAUCGUCUGACAACGAAGAAGUUGGUCCCAGUGUCGACAGAGAUCUAUCAAAGGAUGAUUCCAGAUCGAUUGACACAAGGGAUGAAGAUUCUGCAAGCGAUGCAGCUUUUGUUGUUGGAGAUUCUCUUGUUCCUUCAAAGAAACGCAAACUUGACCUGCAUGUUGAAGCAGCCUUAAAGCGACAAAAGAAGACUGAUGAGGAGCUAUUCGGUAUCGAUGCUGAUAAAAUCGAGAGCGAAUUCCCGUUAUCUGCGUCAACUGUUGAUGAAGAUAUUGCCAUGACCGACAUAGACGGCGUGCUCAGAUCUCAAGCCGAUGCUCUGGAGCAUACGAAGAAAGCAAAGGCUGUGAAGAAAAAGAAAUCGAAGAAGCAAAUAUUUGAAGAGCGAGAGGCCCUCAAAAAACAACAAGAAGGCGUCUACAUGGAGGAGCUUCUUCAGCCAUCUAGCGAUGUACAUGAGAUUGAGCUCGAUGAUGACGAGGACGUUAUUGAAAAGGCUCCCGUGGAGACUUCUGUCGACUGGGGCAAGUCUUUGCAUCACCCAACUGCUACGGUUGUCGACGAUUUCCGAACCAUUAUUGAUUUGGAUGGGCUCCGCACUAUCCUACGAGAUGACGAAGAUACUCCUAUUGCAUUGGAACUAUUUCGGUCCAAAGCCUCGAGGUUAUCAAAGUCCCAAUCGCCUCGACCAGUUGUCAAUGUGCAAACAUGGUCGUGGCAGCAAGAUCAAAUCAAAUCUCUCAAUCGUGGUGGGGUGUGCGGGCCCGUGACGACCGACACUGCUGUCGAAGGUUACUACGUGCGCAACAAGACAGGUUGUGCUCGUACUGAAGGAUACACAAAGAUCCUGAACGACACCAAAUCCAAAUACCUCCCACAUCGAAUCAAAGUCCAGAAAGCCCGCGAAGAGCGCGAAGCCCAGGCUUCCAGGGCAGGCAAAGAUAUCGUUGCUGAAGCUGCCGAAGCUGCCAAAAUGGCUGCAGAGAAAUUGCAAGCGAAAGGGAAUUCACGAGCGAGUCGUGUCAAUAACCGACGUUUUGUGGCAGGCCUUGAAGAUCAGAAGAAGGCUCUUGGGGGCGAAUCUGAUGCCCUGCGUUUCAACCAGCUUCAGAAACGUAAGAAGCCCGUCAAAUUCGCUCGUUCGGCAAUUCACAAUUGGGGCUUGUAUGCUAUGGAGAACAUUGCAAUCAACGAUAUGAUUAUUGAAUAUGUGGGAGAAAAGAUCCGACAACAAGUUGCGGACCUUCGUGAAAACAAUUAUCUACGAAGUGGCAUUGGCAGCAGUUACCUUUUCCGAAUCGAUGAGAAUACUGUUGUAGAUGCAACCAAGAAGGGCGGAAUCGCAAGAUUCAUCAAUCACAGUUGUAUGCCGAACUGCACGGCCAAAAUCAUCACCGUGGAGAAAAGCAAGCGAAUUGUCAUUUACGCGUUACGUGACAUCGCUAUGAAUGAGGAACUCACCUACGACUACAAAUUUGAGCGUGAGAUCGGGGCUACCGAUCGUAUUCCUUGCCUCUGUGGAACAGUGGCCUGUAAAGGUUUCCUUAAUUAA